ACGCCUUAAAAAAUAACUCCACACCAACUUUAGGGGGGAAACCAACCAACAUAAAAAAAAGAAUCUCUGUAGGCCUGGUACAAAGAAAUGGGGAACAGCAUGGGAGGAAGAAAGAAGGCAAAGGUGAUGAAAAUUGAUGGGGAAACGUUCAAGUUAAAGACUCCAAUUCGAGCUUGGGAUGUAGUCAAGGACUAUCCAGGGCAUGUUUUAUUGGAUUCAGAGGCUGUAAAGCAUUUUGGAAUUCGUGCUAAGCCAUUAGAGCCACAACAGGACCUGAAGCCGAGGAAAAUUUAUUUCCUGGUAGAGUUGCCAAAGUUUCCAGAAGAAAAGGCACCUCGGAGGGUACGGUCAGGAGGCAUUCAUAUGAGUGCUAAGGACAGGUUAGAGUGCUUGAUGUUGUCAAGGAGAUCGGUUUCUGACCUUUCCAUGGUUAGACCAUCAUCGAGUCUAGGGUCCGAUGGGCUCGGACGGAGUUCAGGGGGGAUGACAGUGAAAAUGAGGCUGCCAAAGUCUCAAAUGGCAAAGUUGGUGGAGGAAAGCAGAGAUGGUGUAGAGGUGGCUGAAAAGAUUCUUGACCUUUACGUGGAAAACUCCAGCGGCGGCGACACCGAUAAUCAAAUGCACCUGGAAGCACCGUGGAAACCUGGCCUUGGUAGUAUUGGAGAAAAUUUUAAGGCCAAACGGGAGAAACGAGUGAGUUUUAUUCCACAAGAAGAGGGAGAAAUUCGUUUAGCCAACCAAUUGUAGCGCCAGAAUUGGAGUAACCAUUAGGUCAAGCAACCCAAAAGGCAGUUCAGCACCAAGACUAGCUAUCACUUUUUGUUGGUGCCCCUGUAACCCAUGUAAAUCUGCCAUGUAUUUAUUUGAAAAUAUUUUUGUUGGUGGAUGUUAGGGGUCUUCCUAAAGAGAAACCUGUAAUCAGUUAGACUAUAUAUAUGAAAAAUUUAUUGGGUCUAAUGUACAAGAUUUCGCGGCAAA